UUCCUCUUAGAAAUGAAAUGACCCGAACUUAACUCUCAUCCACACUCCCUCUCCCUUCUCUCGUCUUCCCCUCCUCCCUAAUUGCCUAAUUAUGAAGGAUCCAGUAAUGGGGGUUACACCAAGAACAUCAACCUCUUCCGCAGCCGGAUUCGUUGCCGGAGCCGGAGCCGGAGCUACAUCAUCAAACUCACCACCAGGUCCACCACCACCACCAAAUCCUCCUCCUCCUCCGCCGCCUCCACUCUCUCAACUCGCCCAGCCUUCCAACAAGAAAAAAAACAAACCCACAAAAUUUUUCCGUGUGUUUCGAUCAGUUUUUCGUACCUUACCCAUCAUUACCCCCGUUUGCAAAUUCCCCCACAUCUCUGGCGGUGUACUUGCCGAUAUUCACCUCCAUCGAGGUGGGGUCUCGUCGGAUCGAAUUAGCGGGACCCUGUUUGGGAACCGAAAGGGACGGGCCAGUUUGUUGAUACAGGAGAAUCCUCGUACGCUUCCGACGGCGGUGGUUGAAUUGGCGAUAAACACGAGUAUGUUGCAGAAGGAGAUGAGUAUGGGAAUGGUGAGGAUUGCGUUGGAAUGUGAGAAAAGGGCGGAGAAAGAUAAGACGCCGCUUUUGGAAGAACCCAUGUGGACCAUGUAUUGUAAUGGGAAGAAGAGUGGGUAUAGUGUAAGGCGAGAGCCAAAUGAUGAAGAUGUUCAGGUAAUGGAGCUUCUUCGGGCAGUUUCGAUGGGAGCUGGAGUUCUCCCUGGUCGAUCGGAGAUAGAGGGACCGGACGGUGAAUUGGCCUAUGUAAGGGCACAUUUUGAACGGGUUGUGGGAUCCAAAGAUUCAGAAACGUUAUAUAUGUUGAGCCCGGAUGGAAAUAGUGGACCGGAUUUGAGCAUUUUCUUUGUGAGGAUAUGAGUCAAAAUUGAGUUUUCUUUUUUGAUUGAUUAAUGAAUUAAAUUGUAGGUUACAUUU